GCAGCGGCCCUUCUACACCAUCACGGAGCAGCUCUAUGGUCGCUGCCGCUUUCCUGGCGGUGUCAUGGCGCCCGGCGUUGAGUUGGCAGGACUGGCCCAGGAAACUGAGGAAAGUCACUAAAGCUGAGAAAGAUUUGUUCCAGUCGUGCGGCAGGGAGUUGUGGGAAUGAGCAGAGGCCUCGUGGGGCCCACGGAGUCCACAGCGGCGAACCCUUGGUGAAGCGCCAGGCCGGGCCUCGGCUUUCUGACGCGGCUGUCGGUGGGAGUGCCGCGUCCUGCAAGUCCUCGGCGUCUGGAUCGGCACCAGCCCCGGCGUUCAGGGACAUUUGGAGCGGACAUCGUUCUCUCCACCCGCAGCGAUGUCGUCCUGGCUCGGGGGCCUCGGCUCCGGCUUGGGCCAGUCUCUGGGUCAAGUAGGGGGCAGCCUGGCUUCCCUCACUGGGCAGAUUUCAAACUUCACGAAGGAUAUGUUGAUGGAAGGCACGGAGGAUGGGCCAGCAGAUUUGCUCAAUUCUGGGAGAGAGGAAAAUGAAGCUACUCAUUCAGUCUUAAGAUCAGAGAAUGAAAGACUUAAAAAGCUUUACACCGACCUCGAGGAAAAGCACGAGGCCUCAGAACUGCAGAUCAAGCAGCAGUCCUCCAGUUACCGCAGCCAGCUGCAGCAGAAAGAGGAAGAAAUCAACCACCUUAAAGCAAGACAGAUUGCACUCCAGGAUGAACUGCUCAGACUGCAGUCGACUGCGCAGUCUGUACAUCCAGGAUCUGGCAGGGUACCAGCAGCCACUGCAUCACCUUCGUUGAGUUAUGGUAUCAGUCAUGUGUCAGCUUUCCAUGAAGAUGACAUGGACUUUGGUGAUGUGAUUUCAUCACAACAAGAAAUAAACAGAUUAUCAAAUGAAGUUUCAAGACUCAAAUCUGAACUUGGACACUGGAGACAUAUUGCUGAGGUGCAGGGAACACAAAGCUCUGAUCAAACCGAAAUCUGCAAGCUGCAAAAUAUUAUUAAGGAGCUUAAACAGAAUCGAAGUCAGGAAAUUGAUGACCAUCAGCAUGAAAUGUCAGUAUUGCAGAAUACACAUCAACAGAAACUGACAGAGAUAAGUCGUCGGCAUCGAGAAGAGCUAAGUGACUAUGAAGAACGAAUUGAAGAACUGGAAAAUCUGUUACAGCAAGGUGGCUCAGGAGUUACAGUAACUGAUCACUCUAAAAUGUAUGAUAUGCAAAACACUAUUCAGAUUCUACAGACGGAGAAAGUAGAAUCUACCAAAAAAAUUGAAGAACUUGAGGAUAAAAUAAAAGAGAUAUAUAAAAGAUUGUCUUCUGCAGAACAUGAGCGAGAAGUGUGGAAGAGGGAACAGGAGCAGCUGGAAGAGGAAAAACGACAGCUGACUGAGCAGUGUGAACGCUUGAAGCUGGAAUGCAGUACAUCACAGCCCUUUGCUCGGGGCCAGAGGGACGUUGUGACAGAGGAGGAGAGGACUCCACCACAGAGUUCCUCAGUCGCAGAGGUCUUGAGAUUACAGCAAGCUUUGACUGAUGCUGAAAAUGAAAUAAUGAGACUAAGUAGUUUAAACCAGGAUAACAGUCUUGCUGAAGACAAUCAGAAACUUCAAAUGUGUGUCCAAAUUUUAGAAAAAGAGAAGUCAUUAUUGAGUCAAGAAAAGGAAGAACUUCAGCUGUCACUUUCCAAACUGAGCAGUGAAUGUGAAGUCAUCACAAGUAUAGCUACAAGGGACGUAGAUUUGCUUUCCCAAGUACGUGACUUGAAACUUAACUUGGAGGAGAAGGAACAAGAACUGAAUCAGAGUAUUCAUGAGAAUGAAGUGCUCACGGCUGAGUUAGAGGAGCUGGACAGGCAGAACCAAGAGGCUACUAAGCAUGUGAUUUUAAUAAAAGAUCAGCUAUCAAAACAACAAAGUGAAGGAGAUAGUGUCAUCAAGAAACUAAAAGAAGAGCUAGAUGAUGGAAAACAGAGAAUCCAUCAACUGGAGGAUGAUAAAAUGAACAUUAUCAAAGAGUUAGACACGCAAAAAGAAAAGCUAAUUCACAGUGAACGGGCGCUAAGUGAUUUACAGUUAACCAAGCAGAAGCUUGAAGAUAAAGUAGAAGACUUAGUAGAUCAGCUAAGUAAAUCAGAGAAAAAUAAUUUCAACCUUCAGAAGGAGAACUGUGAACUGAGGGAACACAUCAGACAAAAUGAGGAGGAGCUGUCCACAGUCAGGAGUGAGUUGACUCGGUCCCAAAGCCAGGACUCUAAUAGUAAUUGGAAGGAUGACUUCCUUAAAGAAAGGGAGACUGAAGUUAGAAACUUAAAGCAGAAUCUUUCAGAAGUAGAACAGCUCAAUGAACAUCUAAAGCAAGUCGCUUUUGAUCUCAGAACAGAAAAUGAAAAGUUGGUUGUAGCAUGUGAGGAUGUAAGAAAUCAGUUGGAAGAGUCUGUUACUGGCAACAGCCAGGUUUCUUUGGAAAGAACUGCCAUGCUGGAGACUCUGAAACAUGAGAAGGCGCAGCUAGAAGCAGAACUGUGUGGAGCUGAAAAGAGGCUGUUGGAAGAAGCAAAGAAAUACAAGCAAACCAUUGAGGAACUGUCCAGCACACGCAGCCUGACAACCUCUGCCUUGCAGCUGGAACAUGAGCACUUAGUUCAGGUCAGUCAGGAAAAAGACUCUGAGAUAGCAGAGCUCAAAAAGAGUAUUGAGCAGAUGGAUACUGACCAUCAGCAGACAAAGGAGUCUUUGUUGUCUAGUUUAGAAGAGCAGAGACAGUUGACACAACUUAUAAAUGAAAAGGAGAUUUGUAUUGUGAAACUUAAAGAAAGAAGUUCACAACUGCAGGGGGAGUUGGAUAAAUGUGCUCAGACCUUAAGAGAAAAUGAGACUCUAAGGCAGACCAUAGAGGAAAAGGAUAGAAGUCUUGGAGCCAUGAAAGAAGAGAACAAUCACUUGCAAGAAGAGCUGGAGCGGAUCAGGGAGCAGCAGAGUCGGACUGUGCCCAUGCCUGAGCCUAGAGCCCUUGACAGCAUCACAGAGCUAGAAUCUGAGCUGUCCAGGCUGCACAUAAUCAAGGAUCAUCUGGAAGAAGAAAUUAAACAUCACCAGAAGAUGAUUGAAGAUCAAAACCAGAAUAAGUUGCAACUGCUCCAGUCUCUACAGGAGCAGAAGAAAGAAAUGGAUGAGUUUAGAUACCAGCAUGAACAAAUGAAUAUCACACACACCCAGCUCUUUUUAGAAAAAGAUGAGGAAAUUAAGAACUUGCAAAAAACAAUUGAACAAAUAAAAGCCCAGUUGCAUGAAGAAAGACGGGACAUUCCAACAGAGAAUUCUGAUAUUUUUCAAGAAACAAAAGUUCAGAGCCUUACUAUAGAAAAUGAAAGUGAAAAGCAUGAUUUAUCCAAAGCUGAAACAGAAAGGUUAGUGAAGGGGAUAAAAGAACGGGAGCUGGAGAUUAAGCUUCUGAAUGAAAAGAAUAUCUCUUUAACUAAACAGAUCGACCAGCUGUCCAAAGAUGAGGUUGGCAAGCUCACUCAGAUUAUCCAGCAGAAAGACUUGGAGAUACAAGCUCUUCACGCCAGGAUUUCCUCAGUUUCCUGUUCUCAGGAUGUUGUUUACCUUCAGCAGCAGCUGCAUGCCUAUGCUAUGGAAAGAGAGAAAGUAAUGGUUGUCUUAAAUGAGAAGACGAGGGAAAAUAGCCAGCUAAAGACAGAAUAUCACAAGAUGAUAGAUAUUAUUAGUGCCAAAGAAGCAGCCCUUAUUAAGUUGCAAGAUGAGAAUAAAAAAAUGUCCACUAGAUUUGAAAGUAGUGGUCAAGAUAUGUUUAAAGAAACUAUUCAGAAUUUAUCACGGAUCAUUCGAGAAAAAGACAUUGAAAUAGACGCACUGAGUCAGAAGUGCCAGACUCUCCUGACAGUUUUGCAGACUUCUGGCACGGGUAGUGAGGUUGGAGGAGUUAAUAGUAACCAGUUUGAGGAACUCUUACAGGAACGUGAUAAGCUAAAACAGCAGGUGAAGAAAAUGGAGGAGUGGAAACAGCAGGUGAUGACCACCGUCCAAAACAUGCAGCACGAGUCAGCCCAGCUUCAGGAAGAACUUCAUCAGCUCCAGGCCCAAGUUUUGGUCGACAGUGAUAACAAUUCUAAACUACAAGUGGGCUACACUGGCCUGAUCCAGAGUUAUGAGCGGAAUGAAACCAAACUGAAGAAUUUUGGGCAGGAAUUGGCACAGGUUCAGCAUAGCAUAGGGCAGCUUUGUAAUACCAAGGACCUUCUUUUAGGAAAACUUGAUAUUAUGUCACCCCAGCUCUCUCCUGGCUCAUCGCUUACUGCUCAGUCGGCAGAGCCUCUUAAGGCAGGCCAGUCUGCUGGGCCAUGUGAGCCUUCUCAGCUGCUUCAACAAGAAGUGGAUGAUCUGAGACGGUCACUGCAGGAAAAAGAUGCCACAAUUAGAACUCUUCAGGAAAACAACCACAGACUGUCAGAGUCCGUGGCUGCCUCCUCGGAGGUGGGAAGAAGAGAACAUGAACAAACGGAUUCGGAAAUCAAGCAGCUGAAGGAGAAACAAGAGAUUUUACAAAACUUACUUAAGGAAAAAGACCUCUUAAUCAAAGCCAAAAGUGACCAGUUACAUUCUUCAAAUGAAAAUUUCACUAACAAAGUGAAUGAAAAUGAGCUUUUGAGGCAGGCAGUGACAAAUUUAAAGGAGAGAAUAUUGAUUUUAGAAAUGGACAUUUCUAAAUUAAAAGGGGAAAAUGAAAAAAUAGUAGAAACUUCCAGGGGGAAGGAAACAGAAUACCAGGCAUUACAAGAGACCAACAUGAAGUUUUCCAUGAUGUUACGAGAAAAAGAGUUUGAAUGCCAUUCGAUGAGAGAGAAGGCGCUUGCUUUUGAACAGCUAUUGAAAGAAAAAGAACAGGGCAAGGCUGGGGAGUUAAAUCAACUUUUAAAUGCAGUUAAAUCAAUGCAGGAGAAGACAGUUACCUUUCAACAGGAGAGAGACCAAGUUAUGCUGGCCCUGAAACAGAAGCAAAUGGAAAACACUACACUACAGAAUGAGGUUCAACACUUACGUGACAAAGAGUCCCGGUUAAACCAGGAGCUACAGAGAUUGCGCGACCACCUCUUAGAGUCAGAAGAUUCUCACACCCGGGAAGCUUUGGCUGCAGAAGAUAGAGAGGCCAAACUGAGGAAGAAAGUCACAGUGUUGGAAGAAAAGCUAGUUUCAUCCUCUAAUGCCAUGGAAAAUGCAAGUCAUCAAGCCAGUGUGCAAGUAGAAUCUUUGCAAGAACAAUUGAAUGUGAUCUCCAAGCAGAGGGAUGAGACUGCCCUACAGCUUUCUGUUUCUCAGGAACAAGUAAAGCAGUAUGCUCUGUCACUAGCCAACCUGCAGAUGGUUCUCGAACACUUUCAACAAGAGGAAAAAGCUAUGUAUUCUGCUGAAUUAAAAAAGCAAAACCAGCUCUUAGCUGAGUGGAAGAAAAAAGCAGAGACUCUGGAAGGAAAAGUGUUAUCGCUGCAGGAACGUUUGGAUGAAGCAAAUGCUGCAUUGGAUUCAGCCUCAAGACUUACAGAACAGUUAGAUCUAAAAGAAGAACAAAUUGAAGAACUUAAAAAGCAAAAUGAGCUCCACCAAGAGAUGCUGGAUGAUGCGCAGAAGAAGCUGAUGAACUUAGUGAGCAGCACAGAAGGAAAAGUGGACAAAGUCCUCAUGCGAAACCUCUUCAUUGGUCAUUUCCACACACCUAAAAAUCAGCGUCACGAAGUGCUGCGACUAAUGGGGAGCAUCCUAGGUGUUAAAAGGGAGGAAAUGGAGCAGUUGUUUGCUGAAGAUCAAGGAGGUGUUACUCGCUGGAUGUCUGGAUGGCUUGGAGGAGGAUCGAAAAGUGUGCCCAGUACACCACUGAGACCAAGUCAGCAGUCCGUGUUUAACAGUUCUUUUUCAGAACUUUUUGUUAAAUUUCUGGAAACAGAAUCUCAUCCAUCUGUCCCACCCCCAAAACUGUCAGUUCAUGACUUGAAACCUCUGGAUUCUCCAGGAAGAAGGAAAGUUGAUGCCAGCAUUCCUGGAAGCUCCAAAGGUGUAGCAGAACCCAGGGCAGGAAGAAGAACAGAUCUGAGUCCAUUCUUGGCUCCCCGCUCAGCAGCUGUGCCCCUUAUUAACCCAGCUGGACAUGGACCUGGUGGGCCCGGGCAUCUUCUUUUGAAGCCCAUCUCAGAUGUGCUCCCCACGUUUACACCUCUGCCAGUGUCGCCUGACAACAGCGCUGGCGUCGUAUUGAAAGACCUUCUAAAGCAAUAGGAAGCUCUUGAGCCAGAGACUAUAGCACUUUAAGGAAACUAUGAACACUGUCUGUGUGAACUUUACCACAAAGUGGCCUUCUGGAAAGAGACAUUAUUUGUAAUUGUAAUUUCUCUGUUAAUAAAAAUAUUCUUAAUGCUUUUAGAAAUCGCAGAUGUCAGAAGAGUAAGUAACUGAUACAUAAUCUGCUUUUUUUUUUCACUUCAUGAUUUUACCUCAUUUAAAACUAGAAACAUUUGGUUUACUUUUUAAUUUACAAAACUCUAAAAAGGAAGGGCAAGAAUAACUGUCUGCUUUUAUUUCCUUGGAUUUUCAGGCUCAUUUAAUAUAGGGGCAUGUGGUUCAUCUUUCUUUACAAGAUAAGGAAUUUAUUUUCCCCACUCCCCACCCCCCAAAAAAGGUGCCUAAGCAGAGAAUGCUCUGCCGUGUCUGUCAGCCACCUGUAGAGGGCCUGGUGUAGGGAGAGGACGAAGCUGGUCCUGAGAGGUUGGGGUUGUCCCGAGACAAAGUGGGUAUUGGUUCUAUGCAAUUUUAUCAUGUGUGUAGAUUCAUCUGGCCAUCGCAGUUAAGACCCAACUCUUCAUCAAAGGGUCCCCUGAGCUACCCUUUUCUAACUCUUGCUGCCCCAUUAGUCCCUGAAAACCACUAACUAUCACCCUCUAUAAUUUUGUUAUUCUGUGAAUGCUGUUUAAAUGAAAUCACGUGUUAAUGUACCCUCUUGAGAUGGGUUGAGAUGGGUUGAGGUGGGUUGAGGUGGGUUGAGGUUGGUUGAGAUGGGUGUUUUCAUGUAGCAUAGCUCCCUUUGAGGUCCAUCCAAGUUGUUUCAUGGACUGGUAGUUUGUUUCUUUUUAUGGUGGAAUCUAUGAUGUCAGUAAAUGGUAUCAUUUAGUUUCAAAAGCUGAACUGUCCUUUUUAAAGUAUCAUCUAAAACUACAGGUUUCCAGCAGGGCCUGGGGUGUAUGGUUAGUCUUAGCACUUGGGAGGCAGAAGCAGGCAGAUUCUUAGGAGUUGUCAGGCUGGCCAGAGCAAAAGCCAUAGUGAGACCCUGGCUCAACACACACACCACAAAACCAAAUGAAAAACCUGAAGGUUUCCUUGCAUAAAUGCACAAAGUCAUAUAACUUUCAUGUAAGUGUUACACUGUACGGCUGCAUCCACAUAGCCCUUAGACCACAGUUAGCAGUGUCUGGAGACCCACCACCUGCCUCUGGUUGAGCUUCAGCUGUCUAGGGUGUAGCUCCCCAUGCAGUGCACCAGCACCAGGGGGUUGGAACUUAAAGCCACUAUUUCUGGAUUGUUUUUUACAAAGCCUAACAUGAAAGAAAAAAAUCCUGACUCGCAGCUUUUGUUGGCUCAGGAUCUUCAUAUAUGUAUUAAUUGUUGACGAUGUGCAUUGAAGUCAUUUCUUACAUAGUUUGUAAGUUCAGAUAAGCCUUUAAAACAAAAAAGCCUGUAUAGAAAGAAAGGGUGGAAACCAGACCGAUGCAGAAAUGUCAACAGUCCUGGCACCUGUUGGAGCCAAGCUGGGUUGUUUGUGAAUUUACCUAUGAUAAGCUGUGUAUUUUUAAUGCCUUUUAAAGACUGGAGGUUUGUGUUUUAAUGAUGUGUUGAUGGUUAAAAUACCUUUUUCUGAAAAAUUAAGUAACUGAGGUCAUGCUGCUUCCUGGUGUCACCUGUGUCUUAACUAACUUAUUUGUGGUUGGUUCCCUUCUCUGCUACAUGGUAGGAAAAGUAAAGCUGCUCUCACCAGUUUUGCCAGCGUUACAGAUGCCCCUCAAUUUACAGUGGACCACAGCCCACUAACCCAUUGUAAUUAACAUCUUGAGUUACGCAUUCAUUUGCUGUACCCAGUUGUCAGCUGGCCUGGUUUAGCACGGCUGCUUCCUCUCAGGACCAUGAGGCUGACCAGGCUCCCACUGUAGGUAGCACUGAGAAAAGAGAAAUUCCAGAUCUGAAGCAUGAUUUCUGCUUAGUGUGUAUCAUUUUGGUAAACCCCAAAAUUGAAACAGUUAAGCCAUUGUAAGUUGAGGAUCUACUGGUACAGGGGUUUGUAUGUUCCUUAAAAAGUCACUCUCACUAGUCUGGAUCAUUUGCUAUGUGCCAGGGAAUUUUAAGUUCCACGUGAAACAGCCAAAAGACCAGUUUUUACAUUAAGAAGAAAGGGGAAAGAUGUAAAAUGUUUUCUUUUAAAGAGGAGGUACAUGGUGGAUAUUUAAACAAUGUGUUUUAUAUUUGAAAUAUCUUUUAUGAUGUUUGAAGUUCCUUGACCGAAACCACCUUGCCCUCCCUACCCUUUUACAUAGCCUAAGUUUGAAAACUGUCGUGGGGGCCUCCACACCCAGGUAUCAAAGAACAAGGUAUCACAUGGCUGCUAUUGAAGUAUAGGACUUGUCCGAAAGCUGCGGUACCUGAUGUCUGUCUUGUAUGCAUGCUAAGUGUGCAUUGAUCUAAACCAGACGUAACUCAUAGCCUUUCUGAACUAAGUGUCAUCAGAGAGGAACCAUCUGCUCAAGGAAACUUCUUAGCAGAGAGUGAGAAGCAUGCACUUUGAGUUACCCACGGGACACCCACCAGUGGUAUGCUGACUGCAGUGUGGCAAUGCAGUAAGUCUGCUCUUGGUAUCUUCCAGCACUCUGUAGAAUAUGUGGUUGAAUUUUGCAUCAGAUGCCACAGGCUUACAGCACUGUUGAUAUCUCUGUGUGCUUCGUAGAAUUUGCGAUUGAAUUUUGCAUCGGAAGCCACAGUUCUUCACAACAUUCCUAAUGGUUUUCAAGUACAACGAAAUAGACUAUCAAGAAUUCACCCUGCCAUUGGAGCUGAUUGAAUGUAAUCACUAGCAUGUACUUCUGUGAGUUUCCCUUCCUGACAUUCUUGUUUGUUUUUUAAAAGGGGGGAAAACAAAGCACAGAGGCAAAAAGAGAUGGCAUGCAGCUAUCCAGUUAAACAUCUUUUAACCUUCCAAAGGAUUCAAGAGCAUUCAAAUGCAUACCCGGUCAGCUACAGAGUAAGCUUUACCCAGGCACAAGGAAAGAGAUGAAAACCAUAGACAGUGCUGCAUUUAAACUGGGUUUUUAAAAGAAAUUUUCAUAUAUCAAAGCAUUUAAAGCAUCUUCUAGCAACAAAAAUUUAUCUUCUGUAAAUAUCGGUUAAGUUAGGUAAUAUUUAUUUUAUAUAUUCCUAUGGAAAAAUAAUGAUCAUUGUAAUGUUGAUAUUUGUGAUGAUUUGUCAGUCUUUACAUCUUAACUUAUUGUGAUUUAAUCAUUAAAAUUGAUACAUUGUCUUUUGAUUUAUAGGAAAAUAAAUGUGUAUCAUAAGAUUCGGUUGCGUUUUCUACAGAGCUAAAGCCAGUGCACUCUUGAAUUUCUCAAGAGCAUUGUAAGGCAGAAAAAAAAACAAAAAAAACCAACAACCCUCCAAAUAAAAAUGAUUUAAGUUGGCCGUGUCUUCAUCCACAAUAAAAAACACUU